UACUUCCAUAUAAAAAGAGGUUCUUUAAAUCAUAAUAACGCGUAUUUUUUCGUUGAAAAAAUGAUAACACGUUCUUCUGUCCCUAAAAAAUCUAUUACGGAUCUUGAAAGCUUAACACCAUAUUCACCCUCUGAUUCUUUUCCAGAUGAUGAAAGCAUCGAACCUCCUAAAAAACGCGCCCGACGCAAAAAGGAUUCUACUUUGACGGAUGAGUCUAUAACCACACUUGAUGCAUUUUUCACAAAUGAAAAAGGCACAAAGUCUAAAAAAGAAAAAGAUGAAGAGCAGUUUUUUAAGAAUUUUCGUUUACGUCGUAUAGUCAAAGAAAAUCACGGACAUGUCAUAAAUCAAUUGGCAUUCUUUUUCAAUUUAACAAAUUAUGAGGCUCCUGUAGGUUUAGAAUACAAAAAAAUCUUUAACAAACUUGGUCACGUCGAACGUAAUAUACAUGAUUCAAGUAACAUUUUGGCAAGCGCAAAUAUCUAUGAUAAUGAACACUGUGGUGAUCACCUGGAUAUUGUAUCCAAUUUUGCUGUCUCUUCUGAAAACAUCGACUUAGCUUCAGGCGAAUUAUUAACUUGUUGUUGGUUACAUCGAGACGAAGAUGCACUGCUGGCCAUUGCUGGAAACGCUCGUAUCAUAUACAUUAUCAGUCUUGCUUUAUCCCUUACUUUGAAAACUUUGCGGGGGCAUACUGCAAGAGACGCAACUGUUAGAUUAUGGCAUGUAGACAGAGGCACGUGUUUGUACGUUUUCGAAACUAGAGCGUCGGUAAUUUAUUGGCAUCCAUCCGGUCAAUCCUUUUUAACCGGAAAUUACAUCGGAGAAAUUCGAAUUUGGGAAACUCCAAAUUUGAUCAAUCCAUCCGAAGAUACAUUGCAUCUUUUUGAAGACGACCUUAUAACACGGUUUAAAAAGAUCCAUUCUGUUCAAAUAGGUUUUUGCUUUUUUUAA